AUUUGGCAGGUACACCGAGCACGUGUCACCGUCGUCGGCCGCUUCCUCGCCCAUCUACUCCGGAGCAUGGCCAGAUUCUCGGACGCUAACACUAACGAAGUUGGAGAAACAGGUAAAAUUCGUAGUUCGCUGGAAGGGGGUGGCCGAUGUCCGCCUUCGGCCGCGUGUUCAAUCGCGGGUUGUCGCACGAUAUGCAAGGCUCAGUGCAACUGCCACAAAGUCCUUGAGGAACCUGAUCCAAAUGUAUCAUAUGCGCCUAUUUCACGGCGCGUAAACGAUAUCUUCAAGAAGCGCCCCGACUACAGUACAGGGAACGCAGAGUCUGGGGUGCCGCUGGUGGUGCGAAGGUCGGCUACCGUGCAUCUCUUCCCAGAACACCCCCGCAUGUGCACCUACCAGAUCGGGGACGCAAGCCUGUUUUCCUGCAGUUACGUUGACGCUAGCGUACUGAAGUAA